AUGAACGCUGGCUCGAGCUUUGAAGGAAAGGUGGAACUUCUGGUGGCGGUUGCAGAUAGCCAUGUCUGGACUGUGUGGGAAUCGCUGCAGGUAUGUAUCACCUCUGUUGGACUGCAGGCGCCGUGGCGGGCGGCCAGGUGGCAGGGAUUGUUCACCGCUACAACCGACCCCAAAUAUGCCCAGCUAGUUGACGCUGAUGGAAGAAAAUCCUUCAAGGCUUUGAUAUCAAAUUGA